UGGCGCGAGCAGUUAAAAGAUCCAAGCAUUCGGCAGUAUAUGAACGAUAUGUCCCUCCGCAGUCCUCUUCAACCAAAAGAAGCAUUUAAAGGCGGCCGUACUAACGCAAACAGGCUACUUUACGAAUGCGGUCCGAAUGAGAAGAUCCAUCACUAUGAUAUCGUCUCUUUGUAUUCUUAUGUCAACAAGAAUUGUGUGUAUCCAAUCGGGCAUCCGAAAAUUAUAACAGCAGACUUUAAGGAUAUAAGCGAAUAUUUUGGAUUUGUAAAGUGUACAGUGCUUGCGCCGGGACAGUGCUUAUUUCCUGUUUUGCCUGCAACUAUAAAUGGAAAGUUAAUCUUCGCACUCUGCAGUAAAUGUGCAGAGCUUCGGCAAAACGAUUUUUGCACGCAUGGCGACAAGGAGCGAUUGCUGGAAGGUGUGUGGACUACUCCCGAACUGCAUCAUGCGAUUUUACGUGGGUACAAAGUUGUUGCUGUUCAUGAAGUCUGGCAUUGGGAAAUACGGAAAGAAAAAUUGUUUGAAGACUUUGUUAACACAUUCCUCAAAGAAAAAAUUCAGGCAAGUGGAUGGCCAAGUAACUGCACCACUGAAGCGGAACGGUUGGAGUUUGUCAUAAAAGUGAAGGACGUGGAGGGUAUUGAACUGGAUUCCUCGCAAAUCGAAGACAAUCCAGGCCGAAAAGCAGUUGCAAAGUUGAUGCUGAACUCAUUCUGGGGCAAAUUCGGACAAAAUGACAAUCUUCAUCAGACGAAAAUUUUCUUCAAGCCGAAAGAUUACUAUGACUUCCUCGUAUCAAAAUCUACCUGGAUCCACAAUGUCCAUAUCUUCAGUCCUGAAUGUGUCAUGGCAACUAUUUCCAAAAUCGACGACUAUCUAGAAGGAUCGUACACCGCCAAUAUCCCUAUCGCAGCCUUUACGACGAGUUAUGCCCGGCUGAAACUUUUGGAUAUGCUUGAGAAGUUAGGUGAACGAGUACUUUAUUUUGACACAGAUUCCGUUAUUUUUGUUCAGCGGUCAGGCGAGUGGCAGCCACCAACAGGUACGAUGCUUGGAGAAUGGAGCAAUCAGUUAGAAUCGGGAGAGAGUCAUAUUGUCAAGUUUAUUUCUCUGGGGCCCAAAGUUUAUUAUUACGAAACAGAUACAGGAAGGAUAGAAAGUAAAAUUAAAGGCUUUACUCAAAAUGGAUAUACGGAGAAUAUCCUAGCCGAUUCUGGGGAAGGGCUGGUUCAAACAGGCCAGAGUAUGGACUACAACCUUUGGAAAUCGCUCUUGAAGAAUGAUGGCCAAACGGUGCGCGUUGUCUAUCCCGAAACCAUCAAAAGAAAUGUCAACACUCAUGAAAUCAGCACCGUUCAACUGACGAAAACUCUCAGGCGAGUAUACGAUAAACGGAUGCUGUUGGAUGAUUAUAGUACUUUACCGUUUGGAACUCGCAUGGACUAGCGCGCCAUAUUCGAAGGGAUGCGCAGGGACAUGAUGUCGUUG